UCUCAUAAAUGUAGAAUCUUGGUGCAGACUUGCUUAAAUGCCAUGGAUAUCUUUCGUAUUACAUUUCAAGGUUACAAUAAAAUUUGGAUAUUCCCUCCGGAUCCUUUUAAAGCUCCUCGGAUCAUAUUGGCUGACUAUGCAAGUGUUAGAUAUACUGAAUUUAUUGCCCCUUUUCAUGAAAAAAGGGAUAAAAAUUCCGCUUAAGUCAGAUGCAUCUACAACAAUACCUGAUAUCUGUAUAAAAAGAAAGGCUAAUUUUUGGCUUUUUUUUGUUCUCAGAUGUUAGUAUAUGAGUUUAUGCCCAAUGGUUCUCUCCAUGAUCUUCUCUCAGAUGGAUGCAGGCAUACCUUGAGUUUCCCCAUGCGGUUGCACAUUGCAUUGGGCUCAGCCAAAGGCAUCCUCUACCUACAUACUGAAGCUGACCCACCAAUAAUUCAUCGGGAUAUCAAGGCAAACAACAUAUUGUUGGACUUCAAGUUUACUCCUAAAGUUUCUGAUUUUGGAAUCUCAAGGCUUGCACCAGUACCAGAUACUGAAGGAGCUGCUGCUCAUGUAUCCACAGUUGUGAAAGGCACACCAGGCUAUCUGGAUCCUGAAUAUUUCUUGACUCACACGUUGACAGAGAAAAGUGAUGUCUAUAGCCUUGGAAUAGUGUUUCUGGAACUUUUGACAGGGAUGCCGCCUAUCUCUCAUGGCAGAAACAUUGUCCGAGAGGUUUAUGGAGCUUGUCAAUCAGGAUUGAUGUUUUCCAUCAUAGACCGGAGCAUGGGUUCAUACUCUUCUGAAAUCAUCAAGAAAUUUAUGGCACUGGCCCUGAAGUGUUGCCAGGAUGAUCCCAAGGAACGACCGACAAUGUUGGAAGUUGUGAGAGAGUUAGAGAACUUAUGUUCACUGCUUCCGGAGUCCGACAUGAUUCCAACAGAGUCAGAUGCGUCCAUUUCCGAAGUGUCAGGGGUUGGCUCAUCGCAUCUCUACUUUGGAAAGAAUUCCCAUCCCCAAAUGACCACUGAAAUCAUAGGAAGUGAACUUGUUAGCGGUGUAAUCCCCACCAUCAAGCCUCGCUGAUGCAAGCAGCCUUGUUUACUCAAUGUUGGAAUCAAAUGUGCUCUCAUCAGUUCAUCAUGUUGAAUAUUUUGAAAGCAAAUGUAAUGAGGCUGCUCAGUCACUGUAUAUGGCUUUAAUUUUACGUGAAAAAUGGGAAACCAAUAGCUAUGUAUGUAAAUACUAAAAUUGUGCAUUUUGUCUGGAAAAUAAUAGAAUAUCAUCACUAAUAAUGAAGAUAGUGUUUCAGAUUUUUUUUUUGAAUGACUUUGAAUUUAAUUAUCUCAUAACAAUUUCACAUUGCUUAGUAGUAAAAACAUUCUACAAUUUCUUGAUGAAAUGAAUAUCCAGGACAGGUCUUACGGUAAUAUCAUCCCCAUGUUGAAUGAUCCUUUGCUUGGAUAAAUCAUAAUAACUUCGAGAAAUGGUACUCAAAAUAAAACCUUUACCUCGACUUACCGUACAAAAUCACAAGGUUCGGUGCUUUCACUUGUUUCCUGACAAAUUCCCACCAAACUCUACAUUAUACUUCUAUGAAUCAACGGACAUUGAAAAUUACAUUAUACUUUAUUUUCUCAUAGCAUUGGCUAAAGGCUAUUGGGUAUUGGAAAAGGAUAAAGAUUGUUGUAAUAUUCAUAUUUUCAUAGUCAAAGGAGAACUCCUUUUGUUAUGGUGAAUGGUGCUGACCUGGUUGUCUCAUUCCCCCGGAUGGGAUUGAUACUUGACAUUUCCAUAUCGAUAUAGAAUGAAUUAUAUAAGCAAAGGAAUGGGAAUGUCAUGGUCUUUCUUUCUUGGUAAACACCUGCCUGCUUCUUCAACUGAUUUCGACUAUGAAUUAGUUAUUACAUCACGUUAUUACAAUUAAUUAGUUAA